CUCUCUCCUUUCCCUCCCUUUAUAAAACCUCUGCAUUCGAAGGGCAUACACAAAUACAAUGGCGAACGGGAGUUGCAAAGAUCUUCCAGACGAGUGCUGGGAACUCAUACUCAACAAACUACACCAACGCCGCCACUCUCACCUCGAAUCCCCGUCCCUCUCCUGCAAGCGAUUCCUCUCCAUCGCCAACGCCCUCCGCACCCACUUCGCAAUCACCGACCCAGCCCUCAUCGGCCCGCUCUCCAACCUCUUCCACCGCUUCCCGCGCCUCAGCUCCCUCGACCGCCUCAUCAUCGACGUCGCGGAGAGUUCCGAUUUCGACCUGAUCGAAACCCUCAACCUGUCGGGAACCGAGCUUCCCUUGUUGGGUUUGAAGAUAUUGGGAUUCCGAAUGAAGAAUUUGAAGGCUCUGAACUUCUCCCACCUUCGCACCUUAGGCGACGUUCAUUUAGAAGUUAUCGCCGAUUCGAUGCCGUGUUUGAAGGAUCUAGAUAUCUCCUUUCCUCUGCACGGAGGGAGCGCGACCGAUCGUGGAAUCGAGGUAUUGUCGUCGAAAGUAAAGGGAAACUAAUCUUGGAAGAGGAGGAGGAGGAUACAAGGCUGCCGAUAUUGUGAAAAAUUCACGAAUCAAGUUCCUGGACUUGAAAAAUAAUCCGAAACUGAGCGAAGAAUGUCUUGCAAAACUUGCUUUGUGAUGCCCCAGUUUAGAGGUGCUUGAUGUGUCUUCUUGCAAGGAUAUUACAGAAAAAGGCAUUGCUGAUUUCUUGAAGAGCAGCUCCAAGAUUAGGAAGUUGCAGAUCAAUAAAUGUGGAGGGAUUAUGGACAUUGGAAAUGGUUUUGAACUUUCUGAAUUGGAGGUUCUUGGAGCAGCUAGAUCUGGGAUUAAUGAUGAUGGGUUGGUGGCUAUUGGGAAUAGAUGUGGCAAGCUCCUGGAAUUGAACUUGAAUGGUUGUUUGGGAGUGACAAUUGUAGGGUUGGAAGAAAUUUUGAGAAAUUGCAAAAGAUUGAGAAAGAUGAAUUUGACUAGCUGUUUUAGUAUGAGUUCGGAUACGAUAGGGUGGAUGGUGUUUUCAAGGCAAUCACUGAGGGAAAUUAUCCUGUCACAUUCGUCUUUGCCUUCUGAAAGCCAGAGGAAGCUUUUAUUGCGCCAUGGAUGUCUUGUUUUGUCGGCAGUGGCACGGUAAUUCCUAACUUUGAUAAGCCAAAGCGAAGGGAAAACGGGAAGUUAUAGUGUUCAAUUUCAAUGAUUGUUUUUUGGGUUGGAAAGAACAGGUUGGAAUGAUUCUUUCUUGGAGCGGUGCAAUAGGGAAUAUGACAUUGCUGUGGGUUUUAAAUAAUGAAGACUAAUUUCAGUAAAAACUUCGGUUAGGACAUUUGUGCCACUUGUUUUGGCAUGUUUAAUUCUUUCAUAGUCUUAAUUUUCAUGAGUAGUUUAAGUCAAAUAUUUCAUUCUUAUUAGUCGUCUUUUCUUUUCUUUUUUUUUUCCUUUCUUACGUUGACCGUUGUCCUUGAUUAGCAAUAUUCAACAAUUUUUUAGUUGAGUUUGGGCUUCAGCCUACAAAUAAGGAUGUAGCCUACGGCAUAUGAGCAUUCCAAUCAUCAUUAAUAUUUCAGAGUUUCUCU